AUGUCUGUCACUAAUCUUGACUCUCAACAAGAAUACGACAGUUAUGUUAAGUAAGUAACUCUGAAUAUAAGCGAUUCUAAAACUAAUAUAACCUAGUUGAAUUUUUAUUGCUCGAGAUAUAUUACAAUAUUCGAUUUCUAUUUCGAAAUAACAUUUAAAAUAGCGAGAAAAAAGUAUUUUCUAUCUUAUGAUGCAACAAAUUAAAUACUAUCAAGUAAUAAAAGAGAAGUAUUUUAUAAUGUUUUCGUUCGAUGUGAGAGAUCAGAAGUCACGAGUUUUUAUCGAUAUAGUUUCGUGAUAAAAUAGGAAAAUUGCUGCUAUUGUCGUAUGGAAAUUCGUGGUAUUCAAGAUCGCUUGUUUGUCAUGUCAGGUCACAAGAUCUUUCCGUUGUUCACUUCUACACACCUUGGGCCGAUCAGUGUUCGCAGAUAAACGACGUGAUAGAGGAAAUGAGCAAACUAGCCGAGUACACGGGAGUUAAAUUCGCCAAGAUUGAAGCUGAAAAGAUACCUGACGUGUCGUUAAAGGUUGGCAUCAGUGCAGUACCGACGGUUAUUCUCAUAAGAAAUGAUACUAUACUCGAUAGAAUCAAUGGAGCUGACCCAUCUGCGAUAGCGCAAAAGAUCAAGCGUCAUUUGAGCAACAAUGAUAUUUCAAUCGACGCGUGUAAACCGAAAGAGAAACUUGAAGAAAGACUAAAGAAAUUAAUAAAUCAAGCAUCUUGUAUGUUGUUCAUGAAAGGAUCUCCCACAAAUCCACGUUGUGGAUUUUCUAGAAUAAUAGUCUCUAUCUUAGAUUCCUAUAAGGCAGAUUAUCAGACGUUUGAUAUUUUGCAAGAUAAUGAUGUUAGAGAAGGACUUAAGAAGUUUAGCGAUUGGCCAACGUAUCCUCAGUUGUACAUUAAUGGGAAACUCAUUGGAGGAUUAGAUAUUGUAAAAGAAUUGGUUGAUUCUGGAGAGCUGGAGAACAUGUUACCUAAAAAGAGUUUUGGUUCAUCAGCUUUUUCAUUAUCCAAUGUAAUAAUAAGACGGCCAUCUGGAGCAGUCUUGAAUUCACGAUCUUUCCGUUUUGCAGCUGUCGUUUUGGAAUUUAUAACUCCAGUUAUAAAACAACAAUUUUAUCAUGCUGUGUAUUAUACAGAAUUACUUACUUUUAAUGGAAUAAGAUUUAGUACCGUCUCUGGUCCAAGAAACUUUAUCGCAGCUCCGAUAGCGUAUUCAGCGUCAUUUUUCAAUGUAAAAUUAUAACAAUCACGUAAAACAGCCAGAUUUUUUAAUAUUUCUAUUAAUUGCGGACUUUUCGCUUUACCAGUUAUCUGUAAUAAAAGACGUAUAAUAGAAAGAUAUCGAACAUUGAUAGAAAGAUAAAGGAGAGAAAAUAAAUAUUACCUCAAAAAGUAGAGCUAUUAAAUGAAAAAUAUAAUACCAAGCUUCCAAAUAUCGAUAAUGUAAGGCUUCACGCAUUAUUAGAGUUAUCUGAUCAAUAGCGUCUUUAUAUCUACAAGUGUGAAAUAAUAUAAAAUAUAAAAUAUAAAAUAUAAAAUAUAAAUUAUAGAUGUAA